AUGGGCGCGGACAACAAGCGUGGACACCCUCUCCUGAGGGGAGGAGACGCGAAGAGGGAGCGGUACACCCAUGGGUUCUCGGCAUCCCAGAUGGCCGCGCUCACCGCCCUAUGCGGCGCGCUGGUGCCGUCCCUACCGCCGGACCACCGCAACGGUCACUACCACCUGGAGGAGGACAGCGGAGGCGAUGGCGACGGCAACAAGGUCGUGGAGGAGUUCCUCCUCGCCUCGGCUGCCGACCCACCCGUGCCCGAUGAGGUGGCCGAGCUCAUGUCACGGAAGUGCCCCCUCGAGGUGCUGGCGCUGGUGCGCACGGUGCUGUGGCUGCUGGGCACGCGGCUCGGUUCACUGGCGCUGUGCGGGGCACACUGCCUAUCACGGCGGUUCCCCUUCGUGCGCCGGUUCGACGUGCUGCCCCUAGAGCAGAGGGAGGGCGCGCUCUGGUGGUGGAGCCGGCAGACCCUGCUCCCGCCGCUGCGCAUGUUCUUCUUCGUCACCAAGGUCUUCUGCCUCUACGUCUUCUACUCCUAG